AUGUCCAAUCAGCCAACUAGCAAGGACGAUCAAGAAGAACAAAAAAGCAAAAAACCAGCUGAUACAGCAUUUAAACAGCAACGUUUACCUGCUUGGCAACCGAUAAUAACUGCAGAUACAGCCUUGCCGGUAUUUUUAAUUAUUGGUUUACUUUUCAUUCCAAUUGGUAUCGUCUUAGUGGUGACAUCGGAACGCGUACUCGAAUAUGAUCUCGACUACACAGAAGGAAAUUGUAUGAGCACAACUGUGAGCAACACAACAUGCGCUAAGGUUUUACAAAAUGGAGGAUCUUCAUGUACCUGUGAUAUACCAAUCAAUUUGGAUCAACCUUUCACAGGGAAAGUUUAUUUCUAUUAUGGUCUGGUAAAUUAUUAUCAAAACCAUCGUCGCUAUGUUAAAUCUCGUGAUGACAAUCAAUUAUUGGGUAAAACAGAUGCAGUGAGCAAAGAUUGUCAACCUUUUCAAAAGUCAGUGAACGGUUCUGAUUAUACACCGUGCGGUGCAAUUGCUAAUUCGAAAUUUAACGAUUCAUUAACACUCGUUUUCAAUGGAAGUCAAACUGUUCCACUUCUAAAUACUGGCAUCGCUUGGACAACGGAUAAAGAUGUUAAAUUCAAAAAUCCAAAUAAUGCUUCGACUUAUUUUCAAAAUAAUCCGCCUCCACCUAAUUGGAAGUAUACUGCAUGGGAUCUAGAUAAGAACAACAGUGACAACAAUGGUUAUAAAAAUGAAGAUUUCAUCGUUUGGAUGCGAACAGCUGCAAUGCCAGCAUUUCGUAAACUGUACCGACGACUCAAUACAAAUAGUUCGCAAACAUUUCAAGGUGGUUUACCACAAGGAAACUAUACAUUGAAAGUUCAAUAUAAUUACCCGGUCAUAAAUUUUUCCGGACGAAAACAAUUUAUUAUCAGUACAACAUCAUGGAUGGGAGGAAAAAACCCGUUUCUCGGUUGGGCCUAUAUUGUCGUUGGAAUUGUUUGUAUGAUUGCAUUCGUGGUCUUUUUUAUCCUUCAUAAAACAUGGAAAUUACAAAAUCGACCACCAACAUAA